AUUUAGUGUGGACAGGAGCAGCUGAUGGAGCCGGGGUUCUGCGCUCUGGAGCUGCUGGGAGUGUUUUUCUCUCUGUGCGCCUGCUUGUGUUCCCUCCUGAGCACCAUGAUGACCCGCUGGCUGACUCUCUCCACCGAGCUGCUGCCGUCAGAAAGCUUCGAGCUGGGAUUGUGGAUGACCUGUGUGGUCCAGGAGCUCGGCGUGACCGAGUGCCGCCCGUACGACAGUCUUUUAGGUCUGCCUCCUGAUAUCCGGCUGGCUCGCAUUAUGAUGUGCACUUCUGUGGCAGCCGGUUUGAGUGCACUAGUGUUCGCCGUACCGGGAAUAAAUCUGGUGAACAGCUGCAAGAAGCGCGCUGACAGCAUUGAAGCCAAGCGCACUCUUAAGAUCUUUGGUGGGAUCUUGAGCUUGUCUUCUGGAGUUUUGGGGAUCGUGCCUGUCUCCUAUGUGGCGCAUCUGACCGUGCUGCGGUUCUUCGAUGAGAGCGUGCCCAGCGUAGUUCCUCGCUGGGAGUUUGGAGACGCGCUGUUUUUGGGAUGGACCGCUGGAUGCUUGCAGGUGGUCGCCGGGUUGUUGUUAAUCACGUCUUGCUUUUUUCUGCAAGAUAAAACGAGGGGCUUACAGCAAUCUAUACAUAUGGAGAGAGUCAACGGGACACGAUCUCCACGCAACAGGACAGAAUAUGUGUGAGAAAUGUUGUCCACUAAUCUCUUAUUGAACUUUAUAAUAAUGCAUUGAUUAUUGCAUUGAUGAUUGAGUGCCUCAUAGAAAUCUAAUAUAUUUAAA